GGUUCAGGAUCGUGUUUGAAUGGGAUGUUUAUGGGCAUAUCCUACAGCCGAGUUAUGCAUACCGGUCAAGUGGGUUGUGCAUAUACGGGUAUACAAGUGGGUUUUGCAUGUCGUACAAGUGGGUUGCCUGCGCAGGUCAGUGGGGCGCGUGUCGGGGCGAGUGUGGCGCAGGACGCAAGACGCGUCCUGUCGUCUGCGUCAUCGAAGACGCGCCCGGCAAAUGGCGCGUCUUGCCUGACGACGCCUGCACCAGCGGCCGACGUCCUGCCAGCGACCGCGGCUGCCAACUGCCGCCGUGCCGACCUCAGUGGUACCUGUCCGCCUGGUCCCAGUGUUCAGCCACAUGUGGAGGCGGGGUUAUGAGGCGCCAGACUCGCUGCUUGUCCCCCAGCAGUCUGCAGGUCUCGACCGAGUGUUCCCUCCUGACAAGACCUGCGUCCCGCCAGUCCUGCAACCUGCAGAGCUGCGCACCUGCGCCUUCCGUCGUCGCCAACGUGCGACUGCCUGACGGGUCACCGCUUGUGCCUCAGCUCCCCAGUCCCGACGCAGCCGAGGGCAGCGGCGGCGACCACGACCUGUCAGCAAUCCUGCCAGGCCGAGCACUAACGCCCGACGGCGGUGGCCGGUCGACGACGUCGGGUGGCGGUAGCAGAAUAGCGACGUCGGGGGGCCGAGUGGCGACGUCGGGGGGCCGUGUUGUGACGUCUGACGUCGGGGGCCGUACGGCGACGCUGGGGAGCCGCGUCGUGACGUCACCUGACAGCGACCGCGCGGUUGCCUUCGACGCGACGGAGUACAGGAAGCGGCCGAUGGUCAUCGCGCUCGGCGACGACUCGGCCGCUCCUAAACCCGACCCCGCAGCACAGGACCCCGAGGCAACGGGCUGCGUGGACCGCAUGAAGAACUGCCACCUGGUCUUCAGGGCGCGCCUCUGUCGUCUCCGUUACUACAACAAAUUGUGCUGUCAAACCUGCCAGAAGUCGUCACCCAUCACCUGAACGUCGUCACCCAUCACCUGAACGUCGUCACCCAUCACCUGAACGUCAUCACCCAUCACCCGCACGUCAUCACCCAUCACCCGCACGUCAUCACCCAUCACCCAAACGUCAUCACCACUCCAACGAUUUUCCCGCCACGUAUAUUAGAGGUUUGAUUCUCAAACACACGAACUUAUAUGCUACGAUGAUCGUAUACUACGUACUAUGUUGACAUCCACGAUCACCAUUAAUCGCAAUGUUGUGAUCGUUAGGCGUCGUAAGUUUGAUUGUCUUCUGCGACGGUUGUAAGUUCUCGUCUGAUUAUUAGUUCUCAAAACAAUUUAAUGAACUUACGUCGUGCGUAAGUCCGAUAGAGCAUCAGGCUGCUGCUUCAAUGAUUAGUGUUAGUCAUGUAAACUAGUGUGCAGCUUAAUGAUUAUUAUGGAUGCUUUAUGAAACUGCAUAAUAAAAUUAAAUUACGUAGGAUAAUAUACUUUGUUGCGAGUUUUAAUUAUGAUUUUCUUGACGCUUGGAUGUAUUCAUAAGAUAUACUAUAGCAUUGUGAAUGCUUAAGUCAUACAAUGACUUUAGAAAGUAUUUUAUGAUGAAUUAUUUUUUUUAUUUAUUCAGACCUCCACAUUUCCUUUUUUAGGAAGCAUUUUAUGAUAAAAUUUUGUAUUGAGUACAUUUCUAUAUGCAUAGUUAUAUUUUGACAUGAAUGGUUGUCGCCUUUUCCGCAUCACGGCCUCAAUGAACGUCGCGCGGUCAUCGACUCCUCGGGCUCCAUUUCAGCGGCCAAUUCUCAGCAAAAAUUACCUAAAACCGAAGCGUGAUUUGUAAUUAUUACUCAGAAUUGAUCAAGAUUAGCUUUUUUCGAAACUAGUGCUUGAUAUUAAUUGCAACUAGUCUCUCUUUUGGAAACUAGUAUUUAUGAUUGAUUUUAAUUAGCCUCCAUUCUAGCUGAGGAACUUGCUUACGAAAAGACCUCAGACCAUUCAGUUCAAGGCGAUAUGUAGGAUUGCAGUCCUUUUUAUUUCAUAAGAAAGAUUUCUAAGUUCAUGUUCAGACCAUCAAUGAGUUAUCUGUGGUGUGAUUUCUAUAUUUUUUAGUUUUCGCUUCUACUCUUAUUACCGGAUAAUUCGCCCGUAGGAAUUCCGUGAUAAGUGCUAAUCAGUUUACUCUCUAAGGCCGUUUUAAAGAGUAGAUCGUCAAUAUUUCCCUCAUUUGACGAAACCGAAGACUCCAGAGUACAGAAACAUUCGCAUGUUAAAAUAUGCAUUUGAUAGGGAUGCUCUACCUUAAUUUCCACUCCCCAAAAUUGUGACUUAUCUACUACCAAUUUUAACUUAGCAUUAAAGUCAAAAUGUCAUGUUGUUCUUGGGCCACAUUAGAUGGCGAUCAAUUCCGCUGCUAUUGGUCCUGCUUGAUUUAAUUGGUUCUCAACCGCACUUUAUUACUUGAUGUAUUUCACCUCGACGGCUAAAAAGUAUUUUAGUAUCAGUCAAUUUGUGGCAAAAUCACCACAGACUUUCUGAAGUGCCAACUAAAACCUUUUAAUUCAUAUCGUCCUUCAUCCAAUUUAAUACUGAAUUGUCUUGAGACUUGUAAGUUGCAAAUAGAAUUAAACUCACAAAUGCCGUCAUUUCCUCGAACCUAUGGACUGGUGAGCAAUGAAGUUCGUCACGUGCACGGGAUUGAAUGUGGAGUUUGUGGUGGAUUUGUGCCACUUAAACAACCUAAGGGAAAUGUGAGGAGCUUUGUUCUGUUUUGUGUUAAGUAUAUAAUCGGUGCUCUGUACAUAGAUACAAUCGUGCUAUUUAUUUGCUUUUAUAACUUCGUUUCGGGCGUUACUUUCUAGCUGCAGGAAAAAGUAAAUAUUUCUGAAAUAGUUACUGUUUCCUAUCUUCAAAUGCUAAAAGCUCUUGCUUUUUCUUUAUUGUAAGAGCGGGAUUACCAAAAAAAACGUCCCGUUUUUCUUUCAUAAAAGUUUAUUCGUAGCAUAAUGAAUUGUUUUAGGCAACUUGCUGAUAGCGAGGCUGAAUUUACAGGAGCUAUGGACGGUUUCACGCCAUAGCCGCUCACUGCGAAGUCAUAUUUUAAUGUAAUUUUCUUCUGUGGCCUCGCCGAUCUGAUCAGGCGGGUGCCUCCCUUUAUUGCAUCGCUUCAGGACAGCAAAAUAAUGCGCCUCGUGGGCCAAGCAUCGACCGCCACGACUAGAGGCGUCUGGUAAACCUAGUCCACCAUUUUUAAUCAAUUGUAAUCUCGGGUGGAAAUUGCACUGCGCUGCUCAAAUUUGCUAAAGGAAAUUGCAUUACUCGGAUCAGAUUUCUUAAUGGAAAUUUAUCUCGUGAAACGCCGGCAGGUUUCCGCGGUCGAUGCGCGGUGGCAGAGGGAGAAGAGCGAUCGUUGUUUUCAAUUGGAUACUUUUUUUCCUGGUUCUCGAUGUUACUCUUGUAUAUUUAUUCAUAGGUUAAGAUUCAAUUAAUAGUUUAUUAUUGUGCGUUUUGUUCAAGACAGCAUUGUACGUUUCAUGUCAUAGCUUAGGCUUGAUUUAUGAAUGGAAACUAACCUUUAAAUCGAUUUGUUAUACGUACAAUAAGAUGACGCGUCCGACGCGAUGGUAGCGAGGUUACAUUUGGAGUAAAAUUUGUAUCGGAAAAAUGUAUGUUUUCAACUCUCAACCAUUUUGCUUGACGCGUUAAAAUAUUUUCAUUUAGUAACAAUGUUACGUCACGAUUGACAUUCUUUCUACCUAUGUUUGUAUAAUAAUUACUUCGUGUUAUGACGCUCUAAUUAACAUUAAGGGAGAAUGAGACAACGUUGAAAUCUAGAUGUUGAUGUGUAUGGCCACACGUUCUAUUAUAAAAUACAUGAUAGGGGCAGACAUGGCUUAGGAUGCAUGAUGGUCGGCUCCGGCAUGCUUUUCAAUGCAAUUGCUAUGCAAUAUUGUUAAAAGAUAACCCUUAUAUAGUAGGUAAAUAUAUAGUGGAUGUGCACAUAACAGUUGUGUCGCCUAUUACACUAACGCGUUCAACAGAAGGCUAUUUUUGAAAUCUAAGGUAAAAAUUCACGACUAAUUAAAACGCGCUUUGCAUCCUUAACUUUAUACAUUACAGGGUUCAAUUCUAUGCAACAUUUCAGCAGAUAAAAAUAUUCAAAUUUUCAGUAAUUGGGACGACAAUACCCUUACGUGUUAAAAAUUUGAUUGAAUCCUACUUCAUAUUAGGUACAUAUGCAAUUCAUCAUUUAUUAAUUCAAUAAGAAUACAACAUUUUUCAGAACUAAUAGUUUCUCUGCCUAAGCACAGAAAGCAAACUUGACGCACCCACUUCACGGAGACGCAAUAUAAUAUAAUAAGUAUGGCAUAACUUACGAGAAUAACAAUCGAAAUCGAAACUAGUGAGAGGGCCAACGCUGUGAGCUUCUACAGGUAAGCGCGCAAACUUAGCAACUCUCACAAAAUGUGUUAGUAGCAACGUACGUAACGAACGAGUCUAAG